AUGGCUGGUAAUAGUCAAUGGUCUGGGGAACCAGACGUCAAAAGAUCAACAUUUUUUACUAAAAAUCCAACAACCGCCACCAAAUCCACUAAGCCUUUGCAGCAAUACGGUCGUAAGCAUAAUAGCCACCAACAUGGUCAAGGGAGAAAAGAUUAUUCAGUAGCAUACAGUCAUAAAUUUUUUCCUGAUACUCCUUGUAAAUUAAUCGAUUUUGUUGGUGGGCCUAGUUAUGACCCCUCUCAAGACGAUGGAGUAAUAUUUAAUCGAGUUGUAUCAUUCUUUCGAAAUAUUACAAAUACCAUAGAAUCUGUUAAAGGAAUGGAACAUUUCAGUCUUUCCAUUGUACAAAGCAUUGAUAGGUUUUAUGUAGGAAUCGUUGAUGCUGAUGAGUCGAGAAAACCGCCAAUAAAGACGCUAAAUUGUAUUUCGUGUGACGUUAAAUCUGAAACAAAUAAGAUUUCAAGGAUAAAUUAUCCGCCAACCGCCAGGGAAACCACCACUAAACUUCAUAAUAUCUGGAUUGACGCUAAAGCAAGACCGAUGUUUGUUAUAACCCCUGUUCGUCAUGUCGAGAGGUUAUCUGGAUGCACAGAUGAAGAAGUGUUCUCGAUGUUUUCUCUCGCCGUUCAAGUCCUUUAUGAAGAGGUGAGAGCUUCGAAAGCACCAUGGAGGGAUGUGAGGUUUACUAAAAUGAUUCUGAAUCACGGGAACUGUAGAAAUGUUGAACAUUUGCACUUGAAGAUCCGAAUGCCGGGCGAGGAUUUUCGGUAUUAUGUGGAACGCGGAUGGGACGAAGCCAAGAAGCAAAAGCUUGAGAUUUUGAAGAGCGGCUUAUAUAAAAGAGAUGAAAGGUUGAAAAAGAUAAACUAA